GUCUAUCUUCGCAUGUAAUCAGCACCCGAGUCCGACGUAAUCGUCUGUCUGACCGUGGGUGUCGGGCCCAGGGAUGGAAAUCAUAUGACGUUCAUCUACCAUUAUCUACUACGUUUGACGAUGACCUCAUGAUCACCGGCCGUUGCGGUGCCGGUAGUAGCGGUCAGACAGAACUCAAAGAUAUACGGCUACGACGGCAUACAGCGACAGCUUGGCUUCCCAGAUGACUGGUCUCGGUAUAUCAUCUAUAGUUUUCUUGAUUUUGACUGCGCAAGUCUGGAUCUAUUUCACGGAACAUACCAUUCGAUCUCGAGAAACCUGGCAGAGCAAAGUUCUUGUUGCCUUCAUCUGGUUGAUGCAAGCUACUCAAAUGGCACUCACCUCUCGGAUCGCAGGCGUUCAUACAAUGGAUUUUGAGGAUUUCCCCCAUUUCAUUGGCCGUGUGUCGACAGAAUGGGGGCUUUAUACUGGAAUAUGUACAUUGACCACAUCUCUUGUGCAUGGCGUUUUCAUCAGUAGGGUUUGCAGACUUGAGAAGACUCUCUGUGGUAAACGGAGAAUGACAUUUGUUCUGAUCGCAUUUUGUGCUAUAGAGCAAGCUUUUGGUUUUCUCAAGGCUAUCUGCAUGAUCUUUAAACUAAGUGAUCAUACUUACUACACGAUGGCUCUUUGGGCUCCCCCGAUCUCGAUUGGUUGUUCAGCAAUCGGUGAUAUUCUUAUCGCUGGUACUUUGGCCUACAUUCUCCACAGUAAUAGAAAUGAAUUUCCAAGAACUAACCGAAUGAUCACAAAACUCGUAAUAUUUUGCUCACAGACGGGCUUGGUCACAACUGUGGCGGCAUUAAUUUCUCUUGGAAUUUGGGCAGUCUGCAGUUUCGUUAUCAAACAUCUAUAUUUGUGUUUUCCUAUGGGAUGCUUAUAUGCUACAUGUCUUCUUGCCAACGUCAUUGCCCGGGAGUCCUACCUGCAGCCACAGGUGGAUCACGAGAUUUCCACAAUCAGUUUUACGCUUUUCACAAAGGAGGUUCCUGUGGACAUGAUUUCACAUUCAUCAUCAAACACAAGAUCGGAGCAUCAGGAGACAUUGGAAAUGGAAGAAGGCAGAGGUUCCAUCUUUCCUCUAUCGAAAGGGUCCUUCAAAUAAGGCAUCAUGUCAAAAGCGUUUAUAACAGGGCCACCCUUUGUUAUCGAAUCCAAGGAGGGAAAGUUAUCCACGAUCAAGGUGGAUCGUGAACAUGUCAUAUCCGUGAUUACCGCUUUCGCUCCAACCAGGCUCGUCAGGCCGACGCAUCGAAAGUAGGAAUAAAGGUUCAUUUUUCCCUGCAGGCUAUGUUCUGUUGG